AUGCGUUUCCGAAGGCAGCUUGAAGAAAUUACAUCAGCGGAAGGCAUGAAUUCGAUUGCGUUAAGAUGUGAAGAAAUGAUCUGUUACAACGGUGGAGAAUGUAUACGAAUAAAGUCGACUUUUGGUGGACAUAUUGAAAUGUGCAAAUGUGCUCUCGGCUUUGAGGGUCAACAUUGUGAAGACGCGUUCGACAUAAAUCGCCAUACUGGAAACGUCGCCCCUUUUACACAAGUGAUCUAUGAGACGGUUUCCUAUUCGGCCUUUAGUUUCUUUGUGUGUAUGGCUUUCGUCACUGUUUUAGUUGCAGUUUACGCAUAUCGAAGGGUCUCUCGUCAGAUGGUCAACGAGUCAUUUAUGUGGUGGGAGAAAUCUUUUGAUUCAUCCGGCACAAAAUCUUCACCUGGAACCUCAUUUUAUCUCCAACGCUCAGGAGGAAUCAGAAGCCCACUUAAUAGGACCAAUGAGUCUUUUGCCAGUGACGUCGUUAGUCGAGUACCAGAGUCCUUCUUUCGAAAACAGUCAAUGCUCCAACAAGAUCGUUUACUCGGCUCCGCCAACAGAAGCAUGGCUUCCCGAAUUUCAGACUCAGAUACAAGUCGACAAGUCGCCCAAUCGGCUAAUUUGGAGGGAGUUUCCACCUCAACACCUGGGCGAUCGGAUUUGGUCAAAGUCCCCGUUUUUCAUUUGCCAACUAGCCAAUUA